AUGUCUACCAAAACAACAUCAACAUCAACAACGAUAGUGGGUCGAUCACCAAAACCAAAACCAAUAUCAACAACCAUAUCAACAAAAGUCACAUCAACAACAACAUCAAAAACCUCGACAACAACAACAACAUCUACAACAACAUCUACAACAACAACAUCAACAAUGAUCUCGACAACAACAACAGUCACGAGAAUAACAACAACAGCAUCUAGAACAACAACAUCUACAACAGUCAUGAGAAUAACAACAACAGCAUCUAGAACAACAACAUCUACAACAACAAAAUCUACAACAACAAAAUCUACAACAACAAAAUCUACAACAACAACAUCAACAACAAUCUCGACAACAACAAAAUUCACAAUAACAACAUCAACAAUAACCUCGACAACAACAUCGGCAACAGCAACAACAUCAACAAAGACAACCAUAACAGCUAUUGAAACACCUACUAUAACAACAGGCAAAUCACUUAUAAUACUCGAUGCAGUAUCUAUUACUACACCCAAACCAUCAAUAUCCAGCAGCAUAAUCCUCAGAAGCAACUCAACCCUAUCCAUAACUGAAACGAUCACAUCUCAAAUAUUAAUACCAAUAACCGUAUUAGAUACACCUUCAAAAUCAAUUCAAGAAACAUACUAUCGUACAACGACUGCCUCUUCGCUUAUGAUGGCUGUCAUCAAUAUGAGAAGAAAAAUGUCAACACCAAUACCAAGUUCAAGACUUCUAUCUAUGAAAACUGAAAGUUCGUUAGUGACUUCAACUACGUCAACGAAAAAAUCACGAAAACAGCAGCAACUUCUAUAUAUUUUCUUCAGUUUAUUAUUUAUGAUUAUAUUAAUUACGAUCAUUGUUCUGAUUGCUUGUUUUCUUUAUUUUCGACGCAAACAAGAACAAUUAGAUGGUGAAGAUUUAGUCACUGUUUUAAAUAGCACGGAUUUAAAUACAUAUACCAGCACAAAAAAUGAUACCAUUUAG